UGAAGUAACGUUUUACACACCAGAACUGCUCUUAUCUGUUAAGGUGUACUCUGUCGCCUGGGUUUCAAGGUCGAAGUUCAAGCUUAAAAAAACCUCUACAGCAUAAAAAGACCUACAGUCUGUUUGUCGGAGUCGUCGUCGCGGUGUGGACUUUUCCAUUGAGGAGUCAGAUCUCUAUACAGAGUAGAAACGGACCUGUUUAAAAGAGCACAGAAAGACAUUUAGACCAAACAGGUUGUUUAUUAAAAUUAGCAUUUUAGUUAUAGACAAGCCUGUUAGAGUAAAGCGAACAUCAACCAGCAGGAGAAGAAGAACAGACGGACUUGUGGUGUUGAGAUAUGGAGCGUCGAACUUGGGAGAAACUCGACACCUUGCUGUAUGUUCUGACGUUGCUGAGUCUUUUCCCAGGACUUCUGGCCCAGCUUCAGUUGCCGCAGACGAAUGUGGUGGCGAUUCAGGGACAGAUGGCAGUCCUUCAGGCCACAUAUUCAGGAGCUGACCUCAGUAACGCCGCCAUCAUCUGGAACUACCUGGCUGUUCAAUCCCAAAUGAUUAUUUCCUAUAUGAAUGGGCAAGUCAGCAUCAGCGAUCAGUAUAAAUACAGAGUGGGUUUUGUAAAUCAAAUGCCCAAUAGCAUUCUGUCAAUCUACAUAAAUAACAGCGUUGAGUCAGAUUCUGGACGAUACAUGUGCCAGGUUAUAUUUCCCGGGAUUCCUGGAGCUACAAAAGAGCUGACACUUAAUGUGAUUGUUCCUCCUGCCACACCUGUUUGUAAGGUGCAGGGAAAGCAAGAAGUCAAAGCUAAUGUCACUCUCACGUGCCUGUCCAGCUCUGGCAAACCUGUACCUACAUACAAGUGGUCCAAAACCAGCCCAGCCUCCGAGAUCUUUUUCCCCCCCAUGCUCAAUGAGGUUGCAGGGACCCUGAAGCUCAAUAAUCUGAGCAGCAACAUGUCAGGGAAGUAUGAAUGCACUGCCUCCAAUUCUGCAGGAGAAGCCAAGUGUUACGUCAACCUGGAGGUUUUCACCUCAUCUAAUGCUGGGGUGAUAGCUGGAGCCACAGUGGGUGCAUUGGUGGGCCUCAUCGUCAUCAUCCUUAUCAUCAUUUUCUUGUGGACACGCAGAAAGAAGGAUGUGGAGGAAGAUCUGUCCAAUGAUAUUAAGGAGGAUGCUCAGGCUCCUAAACGUGUCUCCUGGGCAAAGAGUGGAACAGGCUCAGACAUCAUCUCCAAAAAUGGCACUCUGUCUUCCGUCCGCUCCAGUCCUCUACCUCAUGACACACAGAACCACUACUACCACCAUUACCCUGUCAGACAACCCGCCACUGACACAGCCUCCAUCAUCACAGGCACCACCAGCUACCGGCCACGACCCACAGGCCUCUCCAGCUCUGUGGAACACGCUCUGCCUGGCUACAACACCACCACCACUUUCACAGUGCCAAGCAAUCCCCCAGCACCCGCCAGCUCCAACGGAGGCUCCCUACCCAGGACUGAAGCUCUUCAGCCUCCGACCUCUCAUUCCUACAUUCCUGCCCCGAGCGGAGUGAGCGCCGCCAACCUCUCCCGUAUGGGAGGUGUGCCCAUUAUGGUUCCUGCACAGAAUCAAGCUGGUUCUCUCGUCUAGGGUUGAAAUGGGUUUGCUGUUUAGAGCGCCCUCUGCUGGAACUAACACUGGAAAUGACUGAAUUUGGAGGUGGUUUUCCUAAAGGAAAGAGUCUUUCACUGACUAUCCUGAAAAUGUGCAGUAUGAUGUAAUCUUAUUUACAGAAUUGAUUUAAUUUUAUGUUUUGUGGAUCAGUUUGGGGGUAAUUAUUUUAACUGAGAAGGGCAGGUCCAGGUAAUCCAUUAAAAAGGCUUUCUUUCUGAUCACAUUUCUUAGGUCAAAAGCAAUAAAUUUAUUGCAGGCUUUUGCUUUGAACAUUUGUAUGUCCCAAAAGUUAGACUGUUUAAGACUGGAAAACGACCAACCCCGAAAUCCUGUUCUUGGCUAAAAGGAGUUGAAAGCUGAUGUGUUGUUCUGCUGUUGCCCAUCAGCCACAAGUUUCACUGUGUUGAAUGCUCUGAGAUGCCUUUCUGCUCACCAUGGUUGUAAAGAGCUGUUAUUAGAGUUAUCAGUUUUAUUCAACUCAAACAGGUCUGCCUAUUCUCCUCGACCCUCUCAUCAGCAAGGCAUUUCUGCCUAAAGAGGUUUGUGGUUUGUCGCACCAUUCGGUGUAAGCAACGAUCUCAGUCACCAAGAUCCUAUUUUUUCCACCAUUUUGAUGUUUAUGUGGACAUAAUAACUGAAGUCAUUUAUGUCUCUAUCUACAUGAUCUUUUCCACCGAUUUGGUCACAAAUACUUAUCCCUCUGGCAGCUAUAACCCCCAUUUGAUAAUACAACAGCUAUUAGCCAAGACGAGUAAAGGUGUUCUGCAAAGUUCGUCUGAAAAACCAGCCAACUAACAGCUAACCAACUAAGCCAAAAAACACAUCUUUUUCAAACUGCUGCUCAUGCAGUGUCAUCAUUUUAUGCAUUGGCUAAAGAUCAUUGGCUGUUUGGAUAAUAACAUCUGCAGGUGUUCCAAUUAAAAUGGCUGGUGAGUAUGUAUAUAGUAGGUAUUUGGAUUAAAAUAUUCAGUUACCACACAAAUAUUUAGAAUAUUAUCACACAUUUUUUUUAUCAUGUUACUUAUGACAAAUGCAGACAAAAGCACACGCGUUCUUCCUCUCAUCUCUGCCUCAGCUCACUGCACCAGUGAACAAUCAUUACUAUAGUUAAGCACAGGUGUGUGUGAUCCUUACCUUUAUUUUCCCUCAGCAGCAUUCGACCACGUACUCCUUCCACACAUUCUUUUUUUUUCUUCAAUCCGAUCAACCCAAACUAAUAGAUGCUUACAAUUAAAUUAAUAUACCUAUUAAAUAACCACAUCCACAGUAUGCAAUUUAAUUACACUUUUUUUUAAACUGCAAUGCUAGAAUAAACCAACUUCAUGCUGGAGAGAGAGAGGCAGGUCAUUAGAUCUACAUACAUGCCAAACCUUGAACACUUUCCUUGUGAAAUCUUUACAAAAUGCUGAAUUAGUAGUAAUUAGGCCAUGUGCUGCAUGUAAACUUGUGCUUUUAAACUUGCAGUUCUCUAAUAAUAUAAUUACAUGACAAUGUUCAACUUCAGAUAUUACCUUUGUAUCAUAACUUUAUUAUAUUUUUGCCUGCAGGAUGUUUUUUGUAUUUUUUAAAGGAUGAUAUAAAAAGCA